CCAACUCACCAACGCGCAUUACUCUCAACCCUCACUGCACAAUGCUCAGCGCCGCCGCCGCUGCUCCUCCGUUCCUACUCGCCGCCGUCUGCUCGCUUCUGUUGCUAAAUGCCGGAAUUGCAGUCGCCGGCGAUUCGAAUCUGUUCACGCCGAAAGGCUAUGUGUUGCGCUACUGGAGGAAGCAAAUCUCCAACGAUUUGCCGAAGCCGGAGUUUCUGAUGAAUAAGGCGUCGCCGUUGACCGCCGUGGAGUUCGCCGCGUUCUCCAAAUAUGCCGACCAGAGCUCGCUCUCGACGCACCUGCCGGAGUUCUGCCGGAAGGCGAAUCUCCUGUGUUUCCCCGAUGUGGCGCAGAGUCUCGAGAAGCACGACGGAAAUGUCAAUUUCGCGACCUAUUCUAACGAAAACUUCACCAACUACGGCGGCGAUCGCCUCGGCGGCGUCGACAGUUUCAAAGGCUACUCGGAGGGAGACAACGUCAUCGUCGACACUUUCCGGCGGUACAGCCGCGACUCCGCCGGCCACGACGACAAGUUCAGCGCCUACGCGACGGAGUCCAAUGUAAUCGACCAGAGCUUCAACACCUACGGAACUCUGGCCACCGGCGGCGAGGGGAAAUUCUCCAGCUACAACAAGGAUGUCAAUGUUCCUAAUCUCCGAUUCGCCUCCUAUUCCGACUCCGGCAACGGCAGAACUCAGUCGUUCACUGAAUACACAGCCAACGCCAACGCCGGCGACCAGAGAUUCUCGAGCUACGGAAAAAACGGCAAUGGCGCCACCAACGAUUUCACCAGCUACGGCAACAACAGCAACGUGAUUGGAUCCACCUUCAACAACUACGGCGAGACGGCGAACGGCGCUAACGAUACCUUCACCAGCUACGGCAACAACGGCAAUGUGCCUCAGAACAACUUCAAAAACUACGCCGCCGACGGCAACGCGGCGACGGAGACAUUCACAAGUUACAGAGAUCAAACCAACGUCGGAGACGACGGAUUCGAAUCCUACGGAAAGAAAUCAAACUCCGCGAAGAUCAAUUUCCAGAACUACGGCCAGUCAUUCAACGAAGGCACCGACAAGUUCACCAGCUACGCCAAGGACUCCACCGGCUCCGCCGUCGGCUUCCAGACCUACGGCGUCAACAACACCUUCAAGGAGUAUUCAAAGGACGGCGCCUCCUUCUCCAGGUACGCCAACACCACCUCUUCUUCUUCCUCUUCCUCCUCCGCCGUCGCCGGAAGUAAAACCGCCAACAAAUGGGUGGAGCCAGGGAAAUUCUUCAGAGAAUCGGAGCUCAAAACAGGAACAAUCAUGGCGAUGCCAGACAUCCGCGACAAAAUGCCUAAACGCUCAUUCCUACCUCGAGUCAUCGUCUCCAAGCUGCCAUUCUCGACCUCGAAGCUCGCGGAAAUGAAGCAGAUCUUCCACGCCGGCGACGACGAUUCUCGUAUGACAACAAUGCUAACCGACGCUCUCCGCGAGUGCGAGCGGCCGCCGAGCGCCGGCGAGACGAAGCGGUGCGUGGCGUCGAUGGAGGACAUGAUCGAUUUCUCGACGUCGGUGCUGGGGCGGAAUGUGGCUGUGCGGAGCACCGCCACCACAAAAGGAUCCAACGGUCAGAUCUUGAUCGGAAAAGUCAGUGGAAUCAACGGCGGAAAAGUGACCAAGUCAGUGUCGUGUCACCAAAGUCUCUACCCCUAUUUGCUUUACUACUGCCAUUCAGUCCCACAGGUCCGGGUCUACGAGGCCGAUAUUCUGGACCCGAAGUCCCGGGCCCGAAUCAACCACGGCGUUGCCAUCUGUCACCUCGAUACGACGUCGUGGAGCGCCGGGCACGGGGCUUUUAUCGCAUUGGGCUCGGGCCCAGGUAAGAUUGAGGUAUGCCAUUGGAUCUUUGAGAAUGAUAUGACGUGGACGGUCGCAGAUUAACUUGCUUUUAUGUUGAACCAGUUGUGUUACAGAAAGGGGAAACCACUGGUUUCAACUUAUUUUAAUUUUAAUUUCAUAAUAUAUAUAUAUAAUUAAUUAAUGAUUUAUCAUUUAAUAUAUAUAUAAUCAUCACCCAUUUCGUUUUUCCACCUCA